AUGAGCGUCCGGGUCGCACGGGCCGCGUGGGCCCGGUGCUGGGGUGCCGGCUGCCGCCGCGGCGCCGCGAGCUUCCCGGUGCCUCCCGUGGGCGAGGCGGGCGUGGCCGAGCUGCUGCGGGGCGCGGCGGUGGGCGAUGCGCCCUGGGGGGCGGCGGCGCGGCGGACGCCGGCCCAGAGCUCCGUGCUGCUCUUCCCCGGCCAGGGCAGCCAGGCGGUGGGCAUGGCGGGCGGCCUGCUCCGCUACCCGCGCGUCCGCGAGCUCUACGCCGCCGCCCGCCGCGUGCUGGGCUACGACCUGCUGGAGCUGAGCCUGCACGGGCCGCAGGAGGCCCUGGACCGCACGGCGCACUGCCAGCCCGCCGUCUUCGUGGCUUCGCUGGCCGCCGUGGAGAAGCUCCAUCAUCUGCAGCCCGAGGCCAUUGAGAGCUGUGUUGCUGCUGCUGGAUUCAGCGUGGGAGAAUUUGCAGCCCUGGUGUUUGCUGGAGCCAUGGAGUUCUCUGAAGGUUUGUAUGCAGUGAAAAUUCGAGCUGAGGCCAUGCAAGAAGCCUCGGAAGCUGUUCCCAGUGGGAUGCUGUCUGUCCUCGGCAAACCCCAGUCCAAGUUCAACUUUGCCUGUUUGGAAGCCCAGGAGCACUGCAAGUCUUUGGGGAUAGAGAACCCCGUUUGCGAAGUGGCCAACUACCUCUUUCCUGACUGCAGGGUGAUUUCCGGACACCUAGAGGCUUUGCGGUUUCUACAGAAGAAUUCCUCACAGUAUCAUUUCAGACGCACCAAAAUGUUGCCGGUUAGCGGCGGGUUUCACACUCGCCUCAUGGAGCCCGCUGUGGAGCCCCUGACUGAAGUGCUAAAGACAAUCGAGUUUAAGGAGCCUUUGGUGUCCAUCCAUUCAAACGUCCAUGGGAAUAAAUACACGCAUCCGAAACACAUCCAGAAGCUGCUGGUGAAGCAGCUCGUCUCCCCAGUGAAGUGGGAGCAGACCAUGCAUGCCAUAUAUGAGAGGAAGAAGGGCACCGAGUUCCCCAGAACCUUCGAGGUGGGCCCGGGGAAGCAGCUGGGAGCUGUCCUGAAAAGCUGUAACCUGCAGGCCUGGAAGUCCUACAGCCAUGUGGAGGUGCUGGAGGCCGACGAGGCCCAGGACCUGUAGGAGUGCCCCCUCAAACAGCCAGGGCAUCUUGGCUUAGGGGGUAGGAGGGCUCCCGGGGGACUAGCCUGUCUGCGCAGAGCUAUCUGCAGGGGAGAGGCCUGGGAUGUAUCUGCACUGCCUUCUUAACAAGGAGUGAUGGAAGGUUUGCAAAGUGCUCUGAGUCACCACAUAAACACUAGAAGUGAGUAUUUCUUUACAUGAAA